AUGGAAGAGAUGACUCCUGCUGUUGCAAUGACUCUGAGUUUAGCUAACUCAAUGUGUGAGUCAUCUCCUGUGGAGAUCACUCACCUCAAGAACGUUACUGAUGCAGCUGACUUGUUAUCUGAACCACCGGCGAAUCAAAGCUGUUGCAACGGAGAGAUGGAAUGUACGAUGGAUACGGAGCCCGAUUUGUUGAAGAAAAGUGGGUCUUGUGACGGAACAGUUGUGGAUGAAGAUGAGGUACUAUUUGUUGUGGAGGAUGCUAGUGCGGUUAUAAGUGAAGGCUUAUUAGUUGUUGAUGCGGGCUCUGAAUUAAGCUUGUCCGAUACGAUGGAGAUUGAAAGCGGGCGUGUUCUUGCAUCAGCGAUUAUCCUAGGUGAAUCAAGUAUCGAGCAGGUUCCUACAGCGGAAGUUCUUAUCACGGGUGUGAGUAAGGAUACUAGUAUAGAAGAUGGUUCGGGUGUAACAGCUUCGGAGGUUGUCAUUCGGUUGCCAGAAGAAAAUAGUAAUAAUCUGGCAAGAGGGAGAAGUGUUUAUGAAUUAGAUUGUAUACCGCUUUGGGGCACGGUUUCCAUUCAAGGUAAUAGAUCUGAAAUGGAGGAUGCUUUCGCCGUGUUACCUCAUUUUCUGAAAUUACCCAUCAAAAUGUUAAUGGGAGAUCAUGAGGGUAUGAGUCCAAGCCUCACACACCUCACGGGUCAUUUUUUCGGUGUUUAUGAUGGUCAUGGAGGCUAUCAGGUUGCUGACUAUUGCCGAGAUAGACUCCAUUUUGCUUUGGCUGAAGAAAUUGAACGAAUCAAAGACGAAUUAUGCAAGAGGAACACAGGAGAGGGUAGGCAGGUCCAGUGGGAGAAAGUCUUCACUAGCUGUUUUCUAACUGUUGAUGGUGAGAUUGGAGGAAAAAUCAGCAGAGCUGUUGUUGGUUCUUCUGAUAAGGUUCUCGAAGCGGUUGCCUCUGAGACCGUAGGAUCAACUGCUGUUGUUGCUUUGGUUUGCUCAUCACAUAUAGUAGUUUCUAACUGCGGUGAUUCAAGGGCGGUUUUAUUCCGUGGCAAAGAAGCCAUGCCCUUAUCAGUUGAUCACAAACCAGAUAGAGAGGAUGAAUACGCAAGAAUAGAGAAUGCUGGAGGAAAAGUCAUACAGUGGCAAGGCGCACGUGUUUUUGGUGUUCUCGCCAUGUCUAGGUCCCUCGGUGACAGAUAUCUGAAGCCAUAUGUGAUCCCAGAACCGGAAGUGACAUUCAUGCCGAGGUCAAGAGAAGAUGAGUGUCUCAUACUAGCCAGCGACGGUCUUUGGGAUGUAUUGAACAACCAAGAAGUUUGUGAAAUAGCGAGGAGAAGGAUCUUGAUGUGGCACAAGAAGCACGGUCCACCGCCACUAACAGAGAGAGGCAAAGGAACAGACCCAGCUUGCCAAGCCGCGGCUGAGUACCUCUCAGUGCUUGCUCUUCAAAAAGGAAGCAAAGACAACAUCUCCAUCAUCGUGGUUGACUUGAAAGCUCAAAGAAAGUUCAAGACCAGAGCUUGA